GAAUAACAAAUGUACCACGCUGGAGAGAUGGAGGGAGGGAUGGAGGGAGAGAGAGAGAAUUAUUUAAACAUAUGUUCUGCCAUUACAGGCUGGUUCAAAUUGAUCUGAUUUAUCAGUGCGUCAUUUCCCUAACAUCUACAAGUAUUAUUGAUCGAAAAUGAUUACAUUUUCUACUUUGUUAGGUGUCCUGUGGGUAUAUGUCAGUAAUGAAAUGGACAGAAUUGUCGGACGUAAAUCCAAGCUUUUUCUUUACUGUUAUGAUGUCCUGGGUUGAAUAGUGAUGUCUGUGAUUAAGACAUCGAUUACAGCACUUAAUCAUUUAAAUCAGCAUGCUGCACUAUCACCAUUCUAAAAAUUUAAUGUGACAAGUGUUGGAAUGUAUAACUACACCUUAGCAGCCCUGAUGGAAGUGAAGUGUUCCCUUUCAAUAUAAGGAAUGAUCUAUUUACAGCGGUUGUAGUGAUGGAAAAUAAAGAUGAGCCUGUGAUCUGAGCCUUAUGUUUUAAUGAUGUGUUUUUUGGUCUUUAGAGACUGAGAACAUGGGAUGAAUGAAUGAGUGUAAACAGAGAGGGAGGAGAGAACAGUGACAGGUGGGCUGAGGUAUUGAAAGGAUGGGGAGAACGAGACGGAGGAGGAGGAGGAAGAGAAGAAGUGGCUGAGAGGAGGGCAAGAGCAGUAUAUAAGACCCAGUCUGCCUCUACUUCCCUUACAAAGCCGCUAGCUUCUCUUUUUCUUUGACGAAAGUAAAGGCAGCACUCUUCUGACACUCAGGUAAAUGGAUGGAUGGACAGAUGGAUGGAUGGCUGAGACUGAACCACUGAAGUGGCACUGACAAUACAGUUAUAUACAAAUAUAUUUGAUGUAUGUGUAUAUAACUACAUACAAUACAGUUAUAUACUGUAUACAGUUAGAUUAAUUAUAUAUCGAAGUGAUUGGGUUUGGUUAAAGGUAGAAUAAGAAUAUUUAACGAUUGGAUAUAAAUGCUUAUACUGAACCAGAUGUGAUUAGCCUGUUUUGCUUUGUGACAGCCUGAAAUAUUUAAUAUUUAAUACAGUUUAUGACGAGUUGAUGCAAUGCUAUUUACAUAACUAUUACUAAGUAUUAAAUAACAACUGCAGUGUUAAUCUGAUUUUAAUAUAAUUGUCCUGGAUGUAAUAGUGAUUGACAGAGCCAUGUCCUGGCUCUGUGUAUAUUAAUGUGUGUGCGUGUGUGUGUCUGACCCCAGUGCAGUGAAGCUUAAACUGAGUUCAUCUUACACUCAGCCAGGUAGUUUCCUCUUCUGCUCUCUAGGUUCAGAGUGUGUUUUCUCAGCUUAGGAUUUCACUCUUAUCAGCGGGCUCACAUUUCCCUUAUCUAGUUAAAGUCCUCCUCCAGAACCAUCAGCCCCCUUAUUGCAACAGUUUGGGGUUCUGCAAAAAUAACAAUCUUUUGACCUAGCAGAGCCGAAAAAUAGGGGUUGCAAGAUUUCUCUGAGAUUUAACACAUUCAGCUUCCUUGAGCGUAAAGCAAUGCUGUAUUUCUGUUUUUGUUGUUUUUUUCCUGCCCAGUAUGUCGACCCUGAACUCAGAGAAUGCCACCACCCUGGAGAAUGCCAUGCAGUUGAUGAUCCAGACCUUCCACAAGUACUCUGGAAAUGAGGGGGACAAAUUCACACUCAGCAAGACCGAGCUCAAAGAUUUGCUUACCCAGGAGCUAGGAAACUAUCUGGGGCAUGCACAGGACAAGGACGCUGUAGAGAAGGUGAUGGGCGACCUGGACUCAAACAAUGAUGGCGAGGUGGACUUUUCAGAGUUCGUCAUCCUAGUCGGCGCACUCACCGUGGCCUGCAACGACUUCUUCCAGGAGUACAACCCAGACAAAGGUGCUAAGAAGGAGUAGAUGCUGAUUCAUCUCUCUGAACUAAAGCUAACAAAUGACCACUGAAAGAAAAAAAAAAAAUGGAGAAAAGCGGGCAGAUAAAGAGAUAUGUGUAUAUACCGAUCUAUGCGCACCAAUACUAUCAAUGUAAAAUUCUACACAUAUUGGGCCACAGAAUGUGUGGUUGGUGGGCUGUGGUCAUACGAAAGUCAAACAUAAAUUAGAGGGAGUGAAUUCCAGUUCAAUGAUGGCCAUUGUUGAAUACUGUAUGUGUAUAUUGUCACUUCUUUAUCCUUUCAUUUUUAUUUAAAAAAAAGCAAAACUAUUUUGUCUGUUCAUUGUAGAACCACAUUAUCUUCAACAUUAUAAUAAAGAUCACAUUUUAAAA